AUGGACCUGGUGGACCUCCAAGCUUGGUUGGAGAAGGUCUGGGUGAACCUUGUGGACCUCCAAGCCCCUCUUGGACCUUCUCCUCCACCUCUUGAGGACCUCUUGGGGGUUGUCUUCUCCUGCAGGGAACGAGUGGUGAACAUCUCCCAAGCUUCUGCUCUCCAAGUGACCGUGGACAACCUCCAGCCAGAGGUCCUCUACACCUUCAGGGUGGUGGCCACCAACCAGUGGGGUCCUGGAGAGUCUUCUCCAACCAUCAAGGUGGUGACCCAAGGAGAAGUCCAAGUUCCUGGUCCAGUGGAGAACCUCCAAGCUGUGGCCUCCUCUCCAACCUCCAUCUUCACCUCUUGGUCUCCACCAACCUCUCCAGGAGGUCCUGUCCAAGGGUAUCGAAUCUUCUGCCUGGAGGUCACCACUGGAAGAGAAGAGGUGGUGGAGGUCCAAGGCCUCUCCUACUCCUUGGAGGGGUUGAAGAAGUUCACUGAGUACCACUUGAGGGUCUUGGCCUACAACAAGUAUGGACCAGGGAGCUCCAGCCAGGACCUGGUGGUCACCACCUACUCGGAUGUGCCCAGUGCAACGCCCCAGAACAUCUCCUUGGAAGUAAUCAACUCCAGAAGCAUCAAGGUCAGUUGGGUUCCACCACCUGAGGGGACCCAGAAUGGCUUCAUCAUUGGCUACAAGAUCAGCCACAGGAGGACCACCAGGAGUAGGGAGAUGGAGACCUUGGAGCCCAACAACCUCUGGUACCUCUUCACGGGCCUGGAGAAGGGUACUCAGUACAGCUUCCAAGUGGCAGCCAUGACAGUCAAUGGGACAGGACCUUCCUCUGAGUGGUACACGGUGGAGACCCCCGAGAACGACCUGGAUGAAUCCCAAGUCCCAGACCAACCCAGCUCCCUCCACGUUCGUCCUCUCAGCAGCAGCAUCCUCAUGAGUUGGACUCCACCCCUCAAGCCCAACGUCGCUGUCCGAGGUUACCUCAUCGGCUACGGCGUGGGCAGUCCUUACUCCCACACGGUCAGGGUGGACUCUAAGCAGCGUUACUACACCAUAGAGCACUUGGGUGAGUAG